CCGGUUUAACUUAUCAGUAGAAAGGACAGUUAUCAGUUGUUAUGUUACAGUGCAGAUCUCUGGUUACUAGCAAGGCUCAGGUUUGGCUGCACUCUGGUUAUUACAGUGUGAAGGAUUUACACCGACAUUUAAAUUCGUUGAGGUUUAUUUUUCGGGCCCUUGACGGAGAGAAAACUUCACUGCAACAAAAUAGUAAGGUGUGGACUGGCUGCCCUGUCAUAGGAAGAAGAAGACCGGCCUUUUACUGGAGACCUGUCAAGCAUCCCUUUGUGUUUUCUUCACCGUGUCCUAUAGUGUGUUCGUUUAAUGGCUUCAACCAUUUAAUAUCAAUCUCUGCAACAGUCUCCCCACACUGCAGGAAAUAUAAGGAAGCUAUAGAAGGUGUAAUUUGCAUUUGCAACAUUUCAGAGUGAAAGACUGACAAGGGGAGCAAAACGGAAGAUUUUGUGUUUUUCAAACCUUAAGCAUCAUCUUGAAGAACUAUGGAGCUGUUGCUGGCUCACCCAGCUAUCAAAGCCUUCAUGUGUGGCUCCCUUAGUGGGACCUGUUCCACUCUACUUUUCCAGCCUCUUGACCUGGUUAAGACCCGUCUGCAGACGCUGCAGAGUGGCAUGCAGCCUGGUUUAUCCGAAGCUUCCUCUUUCAGUUCGGGCAGAGUGGGGAUGGUGACAGUGCUCCUGAGCGUGGUGCGGACAGAGAGGCUGCUGGGACUGUGGAAAGGAGUAUCACCGUCCUUUGUUCGGACCAUCCCAGGUGUGGGCAUCUACUUCAGCACCUAUUACUCAUUGAAGCAGCACUUCUUCCAGGACAGCAGCCCAGGGGCCAUGGAGGCCGUGCUGCUGGGAGGUGGGGCCCGGACGGUGGCAGGGCUUUUCAUGCUGCCAGUCACUGUCAUCAAGACACGCUUUGAAUGUGGCAGGUACAGUUAUAGGAGUGUGGUUGGGGCUCUGCACAGUGUUUGUCAGACUGAGGGUCCUGCAGCUCUGUUCUCUGGCCUAAUGGCCACUCUCCUCAGAGAUGUUCCCUUCUCUGGUAUCUACGUCAUGUUCUACAGCCAGACCAAGGCCUCUUUGCCAACAGAAAUCAGCAGGUCUGCUUCAGCCCCCCUGGCUAACUUCAGCUGUGGGAUCCUGGCGGGUGUGUUGGCAUCCUUGAUCACUCAGCCUGCUGAUGUGGUCAAAACACACGUCCAAGUGAAUCCACAGCUGAGGACAGCAGAGGCUAUCAAACUUAUCUAUAUGGAACAUGGCCUCCAGGGCUUCUUCAGAGGGGCAGUUCCUCGGUCACUAAGGAGGACCAUGAUGGCCGCCAUGGCAUGGACAGUAUAUGAACAGAUGAUGGCCCACAUCGGACUGAAGUCCUGAAAGGGAACGUUGAUGAUAAGCCAGUGAAACAAAAAAGAGAUUAAAGUAAAGUCACUGAAUGGAGACAGUAAUGUGUGAAGAGGAAGGAACUGCUACAGUGGAGUUAAUCAUAAGAGUAUCAAAGGCUUUCAGUGACUUAAAAUAUUUCACCGUAACGAGAGAUGCUGACUGGUGAAAAAAGAAAGUGUACGCUUGUCUAAAUGACUGACAUGCACAUUACUGGGUUAUGGCUGAAGCUCAGGAAUCCAACUUUUGGCCUGUGCUAUAUAACUUUGGAGAAAAUAUUUGAAAAUAAUACUGAUAUGUUAUGAUGUUCUGAAUUGCACUACAAAUUUUUGAUCCAAAUGAGUAUUUGGACUCAAUCAUUAACUGAGAAUUUCCUUGCUUUAGAAAUGUGGUGGGCAUUCCUGUAUCUGUUUUUUCACAGUAUAUCCAUGUGAUUUCAAAAAGACUGCAAUGAUCAAGACAGUGUCCCAGAUACAGCUCAGACUUCUGUAAUGCACUUUAACCUCUGCAGUUCUGUCAUGGCACAGUUAGAAAAACCUGGAGAGGCUCUUAAAUACCUUUCCACUAAUACAAUGCUAUCUGUAUUCUGAUAUUUUUUGUAAAAUAAAAUGAAAUGUGCUUGUAAUAUUUACUCAGUACAUUCAUUGCCUUAAAAUGUAAUGAUUUUUUUUUUUUUAAAUAUUAUUUUAAAGUGUAUGUUAAUGCACAUGUAUUUUACCAUUGUUAAAGUAUGGAUGUUUAAUAAAA